GUUGUGACGUCUAUCAAGAUGCUUAAAGACGGAAUCGUCUCUAUACUAUUUUAAAACUAGGAAGCAAAGUUAUCAUCAAAGACUACUUUUGGAUGACCAAAAAAGUUAUAGGCUUAUAAAAACGCGCACAAUUUAGGGAAUGGCUCAUUUUUUCUGGAGGCAGUUGUCCGGUUACUGUUGGAACCAAUUACUCCGACCAUUGAAAAUUGAAGCCCAUUCCAGGCUUCCUCACUUUUGCUGUCCAGAUUUGACUUUGAAAUUGUCUCCCAACAUCGGUUCGGUGAAGUCAGUCAUCGAGAAAGGAACCGUGAAACCCGCAACUAGCGUGUCGUCCCCCUCUACCGUUCCUUUUCCUUAUUUUUCAGGUCCUAUCUUUCAAAUGGAGGAAUCUUUGGGUUUUAAGGCAGAUGAGCAAGAGUACAACGCGGAAAGUGACCCUACUGGUCGCUAUGUACGGUCAAACGUGGAACUUGGAAGAGGAGCCUAUAAAACCGUUUAUAAGGCUUUUGAUAGGGUGGAAGCUCUAGAGGUGGCUUGGAAUAAGCUUCACGUGGAACGUUUUGCGAAGAGCGAUAUCUACAAAGUUUUGAACGAAGUGGAACUGUUGAGAAAGCUGAGACAUAAGAAUAUUCUUGUUUUCCACGCAGCGUGGCAAAAAGAGGACCAACAUGGAAGAGCUACUUGUGACUUUAUAACGGAGUUGAUGACUUCCGGAACCCUUAAGGAAUACAUAAAAAAGGCUCAGACUAUCAAGGUGAAGGUUAUUCGCCGAUGGGGUGAAAACAUUCUGGAAGCCAUUGAGUAUUUACACUCCCAGAAUCCACCUAUCAUGCAUCGUGACUUAAAGUGCGAUAAUAUAUUCAUAAACGGUAACACGGGAACGUUGAAAGUUGGGGACUUGGGCUUAUCAGCAGUAAGGGACAAGCCUAUGGCCCUUUCCGUUUUGGGUACCCCGGAAUUUAUGGCACCAGAACUAUAUGAAGAAAAAUACAGUGAAAAAGUAGAUAUUUAUGCGUUUGGAAUGUGCUUAUUGGAAAUGGUUACUAUGGAAUAUCCUUAUAGUGAAUGCAAGAAUGCUGCUCAGAUUUUUCGAAAGGUAAUGAGAGGGGAGAAGCCAAAUGCCUUUAAAAGGCUAAAGGAUUGUGAAAUUAAGAGAGUCAUUGCUGAGUGUCUUCUACCUGAAAGACAGAGACCAAGUGCUUCCGAUCUCUUACACUUGGAUCUCUUUACAAAGUGGGAGGAAGACGAUGGCGUGUUGGAUAACCGUUCUUUAAUGUGUACAGAGGAUGAAUUGGAGAAGGCUUGUUCAGACCAAAUGGAAAGCUCGUUAUCGUCAGUUACUGGUUUGUCGAACCGAAGUAAUGAGCUCCAAUCGGAAGGAACAGUGGGACCUUCUACUCAGAAAAGCGUUAAAGAAGACAAGCAAGACGAAAAGAGUGAAAGCAGGUUGCCUUAUGUUUCUUCCCAUAGCGAAGGUGCCAGUAUGAAAGUAAAUGGCGAUUUAGCCUCGUGUGCCAACCGUAACCUGAUUUUCCAUGGUGAUUCGCAGUUUUUAAGACCAGUUGGUAAUCCCGCUGUUGAACUUCUUCGUCCAACUACGUCAACAGAUGGUGUCUUUCGACUUUGUCUGCAAAUUCCUGUCGAAGGCUCCUCGAAAAAAAUAGAGUUCGAUUUUGAUCCCAGGAAUGAUUCUCCGGAAUCGCUAGCCGAAGAAAUGGUGAUUGAGCUGAACCUAAACUCAUCCCAGUUGGAAUCUAUCAAGGAAGAAAUUGAAAAUCAAAUGGUGAAAAUCCUCCAUAGCAUCCCUUCAGAUGAACAGUCACAGAGAAUGCAAGAUGAAUCCUGCAACAGUGAAAAGAUAGAUGCGCAAAGUCAAACAAAUACUGCAUCAGAAGACGCAAGUUGUCAUAUCUUUUCUCCUCGAGACUCUGGAAAAGAAGUGGUUCCGAUUGUUAUUGUCGGUCCAGUUUUAGGGGAGAGUAAUGAUGAUAACGACUCGGAGUCCUCCACGUCAUCAUCUGUUAGAGAUGAAGCUGUCGUUGUUCACAAAAGUCGGAAUGUGUCCCCACUGUCUACUUUGCAUUCCAGAAGAAAAGCAGUUAGUGACGGAGAGAAUAGUUUUGUGCAACCCACUUUAAACGGUACUAUCUCAAGGGAUAGUCGUUCGUAUCCUCUCUUUAUGGAAGAUUCAGAUAUCGAAGAUGUUGGCUUAGGAUUUUCCUUGAUGGAGGCUGUUGCACGUAACGACAGUUUCGAGGUCCAGAGGUUGCUUGACAAAGGUGCCCCUGUAACUUAUUUUGAUUAUGAUAGGCGCACUCCUCUCCAUGUCGCGGCCUCCGAAGGAAAUGUGGAGGUUGCGAAGCUCCUUGUUGAAAGAGGAGCUUCAACAGAGGCUAGAGAUAGAUGGGGAUCAACUCCGGUAUUGGAAGCUCUGGUAGCAGGCCACAAGAGUUUGGCAAAAAUGUUGCGAAAUGCGUCGAGACCACGUAGUUGGCUCUCUAGUUGUCCAUCUUCUGCACGUUCACAGAUGAGUGCCAGUCCUGCUCGUAAAUCGCCAAAUAGCGCUCGUACCCCACGAAUUGAUAGUUUGAAUUCACAACAAGCUAUGAGUGCAGAAGAUUUGGUGAGCAUUAUGUACGGACAAGAAGCAUACCCUAGCGAUGAAACAGAGUCUAUUCGAGCUAGUCACGAUAGUAGUACAUCCGAUGAUGGUUCAGGCAAUAUUAGUUCACCAUAUUAUAUUCGAAAUAACGAAAUAUAUAGCGGGCGCAGUGAUACAAAACGUCAGCAAAAUGCGCUGACAAAAAACCUUGAUGCACUGAAUAUUGAUCUGGAACAUCUUCCUUUGCAUCAAAGUAAGGAAACUGAUCCGGAUUCGGAUGAAGAAGAGGAGCUUCGUAGACUAGAAGAAGCAUUUCUCAAGGAGCUAUUAGAACUUGAAAGAAAGCGGCAACAGGCUAUUCUUGAUUUGCGACAGCGCCUUUCGGAGAAGAAAAGAAGCAGCUCCGCAUCUUUAAAAGAUUUUAACGUAGAAAGCUAUUCCAAUCACUAGAAUUUGUGGAUAUCGAAUAGUAUCCCCCCUUUCUUUUUUUUGUACUAUCGGUUUUUGUCUGUCGACUAGUAGCAAAUGAAAACGUUCUACAACCUGUAAAAUUGGUUCGUCUGACUUCAUAUUGAAUGCUUUCUCUCUGUAAAAUAUUCGCUUCCAUCUAUAAACAAAGUUAUACAACG